AUGGGCUUCGCAAGACAGCACAUCGACGAGUGUGUCCGUGAACAUGAGGGCUGCAAACACUUGUCCACCCCUCCCCCGCUCCUCCCCACGCGUCUCGUGGAUUGUACGGAUCCCGCUCAUCCACGCCUGGUUUUCACAAGCCGCAAACGCGGUGAAUAUCUUGCGCUCAGCUACGUGUGGGGUGCGGACCAAUUCCACAAAGCCAUGAAAUCCACUGUGUUACUUUACGUAGAGGGGUUCGACUCGCGCAUUCUCCCCCGGACCAUCCACGACGCCAUCUUCGUCACACACGCGUUGAAAUUCCAGUACCUAUGGGUGGACGCCCUCUGCAUCACUCAAGACGACGGCAUAGAUCGGCAGCACGAGAUUGGGCACAUGCAUCAUAUCUACCGCCAUGCGACCCUGACAAUUUUUGCCGCCUGCACUGCGAGUGCCAGCGACGGCUUUAUCUACGAAGGCGAACUCCCCGAUCCAUGGGACCUCUCUUGGAGCGCGCUCAGCCUGAGUUUGCCCUUCAUCUGCCCUCCCUCUUCAACCUCUGCGGGUUUCCGGGAUGGCUCUCCGGUAUCACAGUUACAGCUGGGCUACAUUCACCUUCGUCCGCCGUCCCGUAUCGAUCUAGAAUACCACCGCUCACUUGGGGUCAUGGCCACACGCGCCUGGUGCAUGCAAGAGUACCUCCUCUCACCGCGCGCCCUCAUCUUCACUGCUGACAGACUCCUGCUGUUCAAGUGCCGUACCAAUAUCCGGGGUGUUGGCAACUCAGUUCAUUGCUUUGAUGACACCGAGCCCCGGCUACCCGACGUGCUCUUCCUCCGAGACCCGCCUGCAGCGGAGCCAGGUUCCAAGGAGUGGAUCGACACACGCAUAGCUUGGCUCGAAGUCGUGCGAGACUAUAGUGGCCGUAGCGCUACCCUGGAGUCGGACAAGCUGGUCGCAUGCGCUGCGGUUGCGCAGCGAUUCGCCCGUGUCCUGGGCUGUGAUUACCUCGCGGGUUUCUGGCGCUCGGAUACGCUCCUCAACGACCUGCUGUGGAAAUCCCUUGCGGAUAUGCCUCCAAGAAGGCGUGUACCCCGUCCCCCACCCGCAUACCUUGCACCGUCGUGGUCAUGGGCGGCGGCCCAAGCCGUUACCUACCGAGCCGUUACCUACGGGUUUCGGACCAAUAUACAUGAGACAAAGGGCCUGAGGCCUGAAUAUAUCGCACUUGCGGAGAUCAUCCCGAAUCGGUGCGAGGUCACGCUCAAAGAUCCUUCGCUUCUCUUCGGUGAAGUUACGGGUGGAACCCUCGUCCUGCGC